ACACAUAACCCUGACUCCCUGAUAAGUAGUUCAAACAUUUCAAUGACCUAAUAAUGGUGGGAACGAAUCUGAAAGGGGAGACGAUGGGCCUGAUGGAGAAGAUGACUGCCCUGGAGGCGGAGAUGAACGCUAUCAUCGAGCUUCUUACUCAGCCCGGCGGCCCUGGAAUCUCCGGCGACCUCCUUGACUCCGAGGGUUUUCCUCGCGAAGACAUUGACAUCCCAGCUGUGCGAGCGGAAAGGCGUCGUCUUGCUGAAUUGCGAAAUGAUCACAAAGACCAGAUGUUAUGUUUGUGAUUGUACAGUCUAAUAGGCAAAUGAACGGUGUUAGCUAAAAUAAUGAGCUUUGAUUUUCUUUUUUUUAUUUUUUUUUUCAAUCGUGUCAUUGGAUUUACAGAUUGGAUGUCUAUUAUUAUGCUGCCAAUGAUGAAAUUAUUUGGAGUUUUGAGAUUCAGUAUGUUCCUGUUAUUUCACUUCUCUACCCGUUUUGUAAAUGGAUGUUUUGUCUGGCUGCACUUCUAAUUUUGUUCAUUCUUUUCCUCCCAUUUCCCAUAUUGGUUCCUUAUCUAUAGUUUUCUAUGCAGAAGAGAGAGAGCUUGAAGAGUUAAAAAUGCUCUGUGAUUCUAAUAGUAGUUGUCAGAGUUCGUAUAUUAUAUGAAAUUUUUGCUUUGUUUACUUGUGUGAAGAUGAUUGAGAAAUGCAUUCCUUGUGCUAGCAUAUCCAUAUUUUCUGAAACUUCUUAUCACUCUGCAUUUAGCUUAAUCCCAAAUCAACUUGCAGCUUAUUGGUUUAGUGUAGGCUUAGCUUUCACUUUUCAGCUUUCAGCUCUUUUUAUUUUCUUUUUAAUAUAUUGUUAAAACUCUCAUUUUUUUUUCUUCUAAUUUUUAUUAUUAUACUUUGUAGUGAUUUGGCACCCUGGUUUUUGUGUAUGGCCUAUCAUUUGUUAUGAUUAUUAAGUGUGAUAUUCUCCCCCCUCCCGUCCCUAAAUCAAAAAGGUUUUGAAAGAUGGAUACUAUUGGAUUUCUGUAAUCCAGGUUGGGGAAGUAAAGCUUGUGCAAGACAUUGGUCAGGCAGCUGUUCAGCAUCCAUAUUUCCAUUUUUUUUUCAAUUUUGGAGG